ACGAAUGUGACAUUAUUACUUCUCGUUGGUGGUAAAGAGAAGUCAUUCGUAGACAUUUUAUAGUCGUUUUAAUUGGAUUGGUUUUAAUUUUUAAUAUCAAACAUUACAAAUAAAUUUCAAAAUGGCAUCACUUAAAUUGUCACUUUUGACACGAUCACUUUCAACGAGCUCAAUGGUUUCACAAAUGGUUAAACCACCCAUUCAAGUUUUUGGCAUUGAAGGAAGAUAUGCUCAUGCACUAUUUUCAGCAGCUUCAAAACAAAAACAAAUUGAUAAUGUCGAAAAGGAAUUAAAAUCUUUUCAAGAAAGUUCAAAAGCAGAUCCCAAAUUAAAAGAAUUAGUUGACAACCCAACAAUUAGGCGUGAAACCAAAUCUUUGGCUAUGAAACAGAUUGCCACAGCUGCGAAAUACUCAUCAACAACUUCAAACUUUUUACAACUCUUAGCAGAAAAUGGACGUUUGCGUAAAUUGGACGGUAUGAUCAAUGCUUACAAUAUAAUUAUGGCUGCUUAUCGUGGCGAGGUCACUUGUGAAAUAACAACAGCAACACCACUCAAACCUGAUCAACAACAAAAAUUAGAGGCUGUAUUAAAAGCUUUCGUCAAACCAAAUGAAAAAAUUUUAGUUACAUCCAAAGUCAAUCCAGCAAUUUUGGGGGGUAUGCUUGUGUCUAUUGGUGACAAGUAUGUUGAUAUGAGUAUCGCUACAAAAAUUAAACGAUACACCGAUGUCAUUUCAGCCGCUGUUUAAAUACAAAUGUGCAAGAAGAAUUAUAGUUGAAAAAUAAAUAUAAAAUAAUGUCAUGGAUAAAAUCUAUUAAAAUACAUAGAAAAUACAAUUUUU